AUGUCAACAAAUGAUACAUCAUCAACAUCAUCAACAUCGUCAGAUGAUAGUGCAAACUUAACAUCAGGAUGGAAAGGAUUUGCUAGUAAUCUCUUUACCAAUGCUAUAAUAGGAACAGUCAUCUUGGUGUUGUUUUAUUUCUUGCGUAUCUUUUAUAGAAACUUUUAUAAUGCUCGUAUCAUCAAGAGUAAUGGUGCGACGAGUCAACUUGUCAUCAAUCCGAUCGAAUGGAUUAAAUACACAUUUGCAUUCCCUUUGGAAUCAAUCUUUGAAUCUAGAGGAAUCGAUGCCUACAUGCAUCUACGAUUCCUUGUACUCUGUAUACAACUCACAUCGAUAUUCCUAGUGUUUGGUGUAGGAAUCCUAUUGCCAAUCAAUUACACUGCCCACAAUGGUGACCUUACAACACACAAUGUAACACUAAAUGAUUUGGAUUCAGUCUCUAUUGCUUCCAUCCCCGAAGGUUCUAAUAGACUGUGGGCUCAUACCAUCUCUAUACCAUUCUUUACUAUUAUUGCUUGUAUAUUAUUUAAAAGAACUUAUGCAGUUUAUUUAGAAAAAAGAAUUAGAUGGAUGUCAAAACAUCAUGAAAGAAAUUAUACAGUAUUGGUUAGAGAAAUGAGUAAAUCGAUAAAGACUGCAGAUGAUAUGCGUAGUUUUUUCCAAAGUUUCUUUUCUCCCAAAGAGAUUGUUUCCUGUCACAUGGUAUACAAGGAGCCAGAGUUGAGAAAGCUUUGGAACCAACACAGAGACACUCAACGCAAGUUGGAUCGUGUCCUUUCAGAGAUGGAAAUCAAAGGGUCAAAACCUGUACGUGCCAAGGGAUGGGUACCGGCAACUCUUGGUGGCGACUUUGAAGACUCUAGAGAAUACUAUGAGAAAAAGCUGUUGGAUAUUGAUUUCCGAUUAAAACAGGCUCAACGAGACGCCUGUCAACCCUCUGGUAAUCCUUCGUCAUCCUCUAUCAUCAACAGCCAAGAUAAGCUCGAUAGUGCAUCGGCCAUGGAAAAUGAUCAAUGGAGAAUCACAAACAUCACCCCCUCAAAUCUCAUGAAAUGGGCAAACAAAACUUCUUCCUCUGGUUUUAUCACUUUUAAUCGUAUGGCCUAUGCCUCUGAAAGUGCUAGUAGUAUUUAUUCAAAAAAUACUAAUAAAUUUAUUGUUACUCCUGCUCCUGAACUUAAAAAUAUAAAAUGGAAAAAUUUAUCAGUACCAAAAAGAGAAAGAACAGCAAGAAGAGUGAUUGUAUCAUUUAUAUUCUUUGUAUUGUUUUGUUUCUAUACUAUUCCAGUUACUGCUAUCAGUGCUAUUUCUAAAUUAGAGAAUCUUGCCAAGGUGCCAGUGUUGGCAUGGUUGGUGAGUGCAGUCGAGUUGAAUGACUAUUUACAAGGUUUGGUCGAAGGUUAUCUUCCAUCGUUGGCUUUGGUUGCCUUUAUGGGUCUAUUGCCACUCAUUAUCCGUCUCUUGGUCAUCAUCAACAAGGAGCAUUCAAAGACUAUGCUCUAUCACAAAAUAUUUACCACUUAUUGGGCAUUCCUUGUGGUCAAUGUCUUUUUGAUCGUCACUAUCUCUGGUUCAGUCAUGUCGGUGCUUUUUAGAGUGUUGGAGAAUCUUACACUCAAAGAGAUUAUCACUCUGUUUGGUAGUUCACUUCCCACUCAAUCCUCAUUCUUUAUCAACUAUAUUCUUGUACAGUCUCUCACCUCUGUACCAUUUGAUAUUGUUAGACCUAUCGAACUCUUCAUUGGUAUCAUUAGAGCUGCUCGUGAAUCUUCACCAGGUGAAAAGAUUAAAGCUCUUUCUCGUGAUGAUCCAACUGCUCUUACAAGUAUUAAAUAUGCAAGAGAAUUACUUAUUUUAGUUAUUACAUUGUCAUAUAGUACAUUGUCACCAUUUAUUUUACCAUUUGGAUUAAUGUAUUUUUUGAUUGAUUAUUUUGUAUCAAAAUACAAUCAUAUCUAUUCAUUCUGUCCAAAGUAUCAAUCGGGUGGUACCAUCUUUCCACUCGUUUUUAAUCGUCUUUGCAUUGGUUUGGUCAUCUAUCAAAUGACAGCAAUUGGUAUCUUUAUCCUCAAAGCAUUCAUUCCAGGUAUUGUGAUUAGUUUCCCUCUUCCAUUUAUCACUCUGUUCUAUUGGUGGAGAAAUGUCGAUCACUUUAAACGUCCUUCUAGUGUUCUUCCUUUAAAUAUUUGUCCUGAAGAAGAUUUUGUUGGUACCGAUUUUAUUAAAUCAUAUGAAGAUCCAGUACUAAGUGUAAAUGAUUUGGAAUUAUCAAGAUACAAUAACUUUAAAUAUCAUUCUUCAUCUCCUUCAUCAUCAUCUCAUCAAGAAAUACUAGUACCAAAUAAUAAUAAUAAUAAUAAUAAUAAUAAUAAUAAUAAUAAUAAUAAUCUUCAAAAGAAUAUAUACAAUAAUCAUUUAAUAGUAAUCAAUCAACAAGUUAAACAAGCACUAUUAAAUGGAAGAGCAGUGGUUGCAUUAGAGUCUACCAUCAUUACUCAUGGUAUGCCAUACCCACAAAACUAUGAGACUGCCAAACAAGUUGAAUCUAUCGUAAGAGAGAAUGGAGCUGUACCAGCGACCAUUGCAAUCAUCAAUGGAAAGAUUCACGUUGGUUUGGAUGACUCUCAACUGUUACUCUUGUCAAAGGUUGGUAAGAGUGCAAUCAAGACAUCUCGUCGUGAUCUUGCUAUUCUCCUAUCAAACACUAUUUCAUCAAAGAAUGAUCAAGGUAAUAUAGUCAUUGGUGCUACCACUGUAUCCUCUACUAUUUUAAUUUCAAAUCUAGUUGGUAUUAAAUUAUUUGUAACAGGAGGAAUUGGUGGAGUACAUCGUAAAGCAGAAGAGACAAUGGAUAUAUCUGCAGAUUUGACAGAAUUGUCAAGAAAUAAUGUUGCGGUAGUGUGUGCAGGUGUAAAAUCAAUAUUGGAUAUUGGAAAGACGUUGGAGUAUCUAGAGACAGAAGGUGUGACUGUAUUGUCCUAUCAAUCCGAUACAUUCCCAUCGUUUUUUACACCAACCAGUGCAUUUAAAACACCUAAUCGUGUAGAGUCGGUCGAGAGUAUUGCCAAGAUCAUCAAUGCAAACCACCAAGUUCAAUUAAAGAGUGGUGUUGUUGUUGCAGUACCAAAUACAUACAAACUACCAGACAAUGUCAAUAUCGACAAGGCUAUUGAAGAUGCUGUCAAAGAGGCUGAACAAACUGGUGUCACUGGUAAAGACAUUACUCCAUUCCUCCUAAAACGUGUCAAUGAAAUCACUAAAGGUGAAUCUCUUAAAGCAAAUAUACACCUAAUCAAACAUAAUGCUAAAAUUGGUUCACAAAUUGCCGUCUAUUUAUCUCAACAAGGACAACAACAACAACAACAACAACAAAAAGGAAAAUCAUCAUCGCAAGAAGAUGAAAAAUUUAAAGUAACAGUAGUUGGAGGAGCAGUUGUUGAUAUGAUAUCACAUGCAUUUAUUGAUAGUGGAUUCCAAUUGGGUACUAGUAACCCAGGUACUAUUGCCUAUCGUAUGGGUGGUGUUGGAAGAAAUGUGGCAGAGACAAUGAUCAGAUUAGGUCUUUCUACAUUGUUUGUUAGUUUGGUUGGCGAUGAUCAUCAAUCCUCGAUGCUUGUCAACCAUUUGCAGGCACUAAACGCAUCGACCAAGGCUGUUGUUCAACAAAGCAAUAUUCCAACAGCCACCUAUAACGCAAUCAUGAACAAGGGUGAUUUGGUGGUUGCUAUUGCCGUCAUGAACAUCUUUGACAGAAUCACACCAUCCUAUAUCGACAAGUUCAAGAGUGAUAUUGUCGCAUCCGAGAUGAUUGUAUUUGACGGUAACAUUCCAAUCGACACUAUGAUCUCUUUGGUUGAUAUUGCCAAUCAACAUUCAAUGGCCACCUUUUUCGAACCAACCAGUGUAUACAAAUCGACAAAGCUCAUCAACACACCCAUCGAUAUGGAUCUACUUCCUUCCAUCACAUUUACAUCUCCCAAUCUUGAUGAAUUGGAAAGAAUGUCAAGUGAAAUUUGUCUUAGAUGGCAAUCAAAAUGGAAAGGACAAGAUGACAAUAAUAAUGAUAAUAAUAACAAAAAUAAUAAUAAUGAUAAUAAUGAUUAUAGUAAUAUUGGUAAAGAAUCAAAGGUAUUACUUUGUAAUAGUAUUACAUCUCUACAACUUCAAAUCGAACAAAAACGUCAAGAUGGUGAAAUUAUCAACAAUGGAAAUCAUUUACAUUCGGUUGAAAUGAUUAGAAAGCAAGCAAAUGUAUUGGUCAUGUCUGGUAUUAAAGUGAUCAUUGUCAAGGCUGGUAGUGGAGGUGUAUAUAUUGUUAGAAUUAGCAAGGACAAUCAUGACAAGAUUCUCUUUAAGCACUAUGAAGCUCCAAAGCUCCAAGACAGCAUGAUCAUCGAUUCGACAGGUGCUGGUGAUUCUUUUGUUGGAUGUUUUAUUUGGAGUAUUAUCAAUCAACAACAAGGUGGUAGUAAUGGUCGAAAGAUGACCAAUCAUAUUGACCAACAAUUAACAGAUAGUAUGAUUGAUAAGGCUGUACAUCAAGCAACUCUUUGUUCAAAAUCAACCCUACAAUCAUCUCAUCCCGUAUCACCAUUAAUACAACCAUCUCUAUUUGUUUAA